AUGGCCAAAGACUCCUUGGAUGAAUCGGAACGUCUACUGAUCGCAAAUCCCAAGAAGGUGAACAUCCCGCCUGUCGAGAUCCGCUGUUAG